AUGAGCAAAGUCGAUGUUCGGGCAUUGACCCAGGCUAUCAACUACCAGCCAUCGAACACCAAUACCUUUGGUCUCCAGUGGAUGAUGCAUCUCGGUCAAGCUGCUAGCGGCCGCCUAUUGUUACAGCUUCUUGAAGUUAUUCCUUCGGUGAAGUCAAUGGAGGAGCCCCAGAUUGUUGCCCGCAACUACGGAUGUCCUGCUAUUCACCCACCAGCCGUUCAGAAAUGGACAGAGACUGUUCCUUGCAAGGACACACGGGGUGGUCUUUCACUCAGAGGCAGAUCUGGCACCUUAGUCAAACAUGCUGCAUUGGCUGGACUCUGA